GACUGGUUUUAGGCUGGGUUUUAAAUUCAAAAGUGUCCUCCUCGCCUUGAAGCCGUUUAGAAGGGUGGGGUUGCUGCUCGGGGGUGUGUGCUGCCUCGAUGGUUUAAAUCCUACACAUGCGUACUGGAUUUCGGGGUUCAAGGGAAUACGCCAUAUUGGAAACACUGUAUAGUUUAGCUAACAGUUUAUUGCUAGCGGGGGAAAAGGGCCACUGAUUGAUUCCCGUUGGUUGUGGCGUUCGGCACGUCGUUAUUUUCCCUGUCGUUUCGCGUAGCCCCGUUUACAGGCACGUUCUCGCGGUCCGGACUCAAACUUCUCCGCUGAACGGGGGAAAGGCGUUCGUUUGUUUGACAGCGCUGUUAGAAAGACGAGUUGAAUGGAUCCGAGGGUCGCUUGGAUUCAGCCGGAACAGAAAGGUCCUGCGAACGCUUUAUGGAUGCGUGUGUGGGAGACGUCUCGGGUAAACCGGACUAACACCGGUCAGCACCAGAACCACCAUCACCACAACAACCUCUGUGUCAAUUCUCCGGCGUUUGACGUUUAUAAGACUGUCGCGUCCAAUGCGAAUAACAGCACUAACAUUAAAAGCAGCGGCUCUGCGGCUCACGCGUUAAAUGGAAACACGGGAGACGGCGAAAUUACCCAAAAGACCGGCUUGGUGGCGGAUCCCGCGUCCAGCUGCUCUAAAAUAAGGACUACAAGCCCUAAUAUGAUCGCUGGGAAUAUGAACAAGGGCCAUCCGUUUUUUAUUUGCAGCGAGAGCGUGCUGAAUAAUGUCAACCACCAUCAUCACCCUCCUCAUCCUCAUCUACGGCAUUUCCAUCAAGAGCAGCAGCAGAGUUGCAUGAAGCGCCACCCGUCCCAUCCGGCAGCGGUUCACAGCCACCAUCACCACCACCAUCAUCCGGGCCGGAGGAAAAGCGAUAAUAAAGCCAGCACCUAUGGGAUAAACUACUUGCUCUCCAACUGGACUAACGGCAAUUAUGACAACUCCGGCACGCCGUGGAAGACGAGGAAAUAUAACCCAGGGGUUGACGGAAACUCCACAUAUCCAGUACCAAUCAUCAAACUGACAGAUCAGGAGACCGAGGUGAAAGUGGACAUUAGUUUUAACGUGGAGACGGGCAUCAAAGCUGCUAGCUUCAUCAAAGAAUAUGUGAAGAAGUAUACCGUGCUGCCUUAUUUAAUCUUAGUGCUGAAACAGUUCCUGCUGCAGCGAGACCUCAACGAAGUCUUCACUGGAGGAAUCAGCUCCUACAGUCUCAUCCUGAUGGUCAUCAGCUUCUUACAGUUGCAUCCAAGAAUUGAUGCUAGGAAUCCCAACAUGAACCUUGGCAUUCUGCUCAUCGAGUUCUUCGAGCUGUAUGGAAGACACUUCAACUACCUGAAGACGGGCAUCAGGAUAAAGAACGGCGGCGCUUACAUGGCUAAAGAGGACAUAAUGAAGGCCAUGAGUAAUGGCUAUAGGCCCUCCAUGCUCUGUAUCGAGGACCCUCUUCUUCCAGGUAAUGACGUGGGCAGAAGCUCUUACGGUGCCAUGCAGGUGAAGGAGGCUUUUGACUACGCCUAUAUAAUACUGGGUCACGCCGUCUCACCUCUUGCACGUUCUUACCCCAACAAAGACAGUGACAGCACUUUGGGCCGCAUAAUUAAAGUCACCCAGGAAGUCAUCGACUACAGGGAGUGGAUCAUAAAGAAGUGGGGUGGCAGACACAACGCCCGCAUUGAGAGAAACCCGGGUCCGUCUCAUAAAGACUCAGUGGAGCAGGUGGAGACAGGCACACUGCUGGGUGUAGGUGUGGAGGACCAGCAGCAGAGGGACUCUGUGUCCCCUCACAGCGCAGACUCUCCCAUGUCCCUCUCCAGCCCUCAACAGCACUCCUCCGCUUCUUCUGCAUCCUCGCUGUCAGGCAGUGAUAUCGACUCUGACUCCACACCGUAUGUCGCUCCACCUGUAGCCCCCAUCCCUCUUCAGACCCUGGCACCGGGUCCCCUGCCACCAGUGCUUCAGAUGGGCACGGGCAAAGCCAGCAUCGCGGCUGCACUCUCUAUGCCUCCGGCCACCCAGGCGAGAGUGUCAAUCCCAAGCAAUCUUUCUCUCCACGCUCUACCUGGCAGACAGGUGUGUAUGGCAAAUGGACUACCCCCAUACCUCCACAUGCUUCCCCCUGCAGUCCCCCCAGCUCCCCCCAGCCCUCUGCCCAUUCCCUACCACCAUCCCAAGACAGGUCCCAAGUUCCCUCUGAAGGGCUUCCACAAUCCCGCCGUGGUGCACAGUCCUGUCCUUUCCAACCGAGGCCACAUCCAAUACAACCGCCACACCUGGCGCCGCAGGAAGAGGGACAGUCUGCCGGCCAGCGUCAGCAGAUAAAGACCUCGGGCCUCCCCUCCGGAAGCUCCCUCUCCACUCCUCGCUUCCUCUUCCACCCCUCCGGUCCCAUCUUAAAACGACGAGAACUCAUUGAGCCCUCCUACUGAUGGUGUGAGCACAGAGAGACCAGCGUUUGCAACACAGCUCCUCGUUCAGUAGUUGUGGUGAUGGUGGUGCUAAGUAGUUCAGUCUGCCACUGAAUCUGUGCAUGUAUAUGUAGACUCGUAUGUUUUUUUUGACCUGUGCAAUCUUCCUGAGGAAGCUUCAAGAACAGGAACUGUUUUUUUUGGUCGUCUACUCCACAACUUCCUGGUUGACAGGUGAAACGUUCCUUUUUGUGUAUGUUUGUGUGUGUGUUUCAUGCUCUUUUGUUUUCCUGUCUACACAUUUCGUUCUAAACGUGACACCUUUCACAUGUGGGAUGAACUGGAUUCAGUGGAUUUCAAGUUGUUUGUUUGUUGUAUCGGGGUGUAUGUUUGUGUAACGCUGGCUUCGAAUCCUGCACUCGAGAUGCCUCCAGAGCUCCCCACUGUAUUGACUGUACACAUCACAAUAACU